UAUACACAUUAUACACACAGACACACACAUAUAGAUAUAGUUAUAUAUAUAUAUAUAUGUGUAAGUAGAUUCCGAGUUCCUACUCGGUCCACUCUAACAUAUCAACGCAGGUCUCCUCCACAGCAGCACACUGAGCUCUUCGCCCCAUCAUGUUGUAGGUUUCUCCGCCGAUUCAAGAAAUACACUGCUCUCUCUCUCUCUCUCUACCUUUCUCUCUAGCUUUCGACUCUCUUUCAACGGCCUCCGUUCCUCUGCUAUUGUUAAUGGUCGAAUGAGAGCAAAUGAUAAAGAUGAAGAAGGAUCAGAUUCGGAUAAUGUCUUCAAGAUCUACACCAACAAUUUGUACCAAAAUUUAGCGACGAGCUUUGAUCUGUUAACUAUGAAGCGGCCUUUGCGCCUGCUGUUGACUAUAUUGCUGCUCAUUGUGCUCGCCACCACGCUGAGCUGCCGAAUCGCUCUCCGUGGUGGUUUUCGUGCGAUUCAGUUCGAAAAUGAUGUAGUAUUGGUUGGAACACCGGUGGUGCCAGUGUUCAACAAAACGCUGCUUAAAUUAGCAGAGAUUGAUCUUGGAGAGGCGCGUUUGAAGCAAGAAAUUGAUCAUUUGAUGGAAGGGAGUUUCGGAAAUCAAGGCCGGCACCGGUCUUUUUUGUCGUCGUCGGGGAAGUACAAUCGGUAUGAUGUUCGGGUGAAGCCAACAAGGGGCUUACCUGUGCAGCUUAGAUCCCCACAAUUUUAUAGAAUUUGGUUGGAUUUUAGGAAGCAUUUACACGAUUGGUGGCGCAACAAAGGGUUCCACCCUGAUAUUAUGUCGGAGUUGGUCAAUCUGGUGAAGGUUCCAAUUGAUCAGCACAAUGGGUUAGUGGGUUCAAGGAGACGGUAUUCGAAUUGUGCAGUUGUGGGGAAUAGUGGGAUUUUGUUGAAGAGCGAGCAUGGAGAGUUGAUUAAUAGCCAUGAGGCUGUGAUUCGAUUGAACAAUGCGAGGACAACUGGUUUUGAGCCCAAAGUUGGGUCUAAAACGAGCAUUUCAUUUGUGAACAGCAAUAUAUUGCAUUUAUGUGCGCGAAGGCAAGGCUGCUUUUGCCAUCCGUAUGGAUCAACCAUUCCAAUGGUUAUGUACAUUUGCCAACCAGGGCAUUUCUUGGACUACACAUUAUGUAAUUCUUCUCACAAGGCUCCUUUGCUCGUUACAGAUCCCCGGUUUGAUGUGUUGUGCUCUCGGGUUGUGAAGUAUUACUCUUUGAAGAGAUUCACGGAGGAAAUGGAGAAGCCUCUAGAGGAAUGGGGCUCUUCUCAUGAUGGUUCUAUGUUCCAUUACUCUUCGGGUAUGCAAGCUGUUAUGCUUUCUGUAGGAAUUUGUGAUAAAGUAAGUAUUUUUGGGUUUGGGAAAUCAACUUCUGCUAAGCAUCAUUAUCAUACAAAUCAGAAGGCUGAGCUUCAUUUACAUGAUUACGAAGCAGAGUAUGAGUUUUAUCGUGAUCUGGUUGAGAGACCUCAGGCAAUACCAUUCGUCUCCAACAAGUUCAAGUUUCCUCCUGUGGUAAUAUAUCAAUGACAUUUCACACAUCUAAACCUUUUUGCUUAUAUGUGCUUGGUGAAUUGUUUUGUCCAGUUCAAAUUUGUCUAUUCAUGUUGCAACUGUGGUCUCUCAGAAAUUGUAGAAGAAUCCUGUUUCAUUAUCAAACCCUGUACUAAAAAAAGAUAGUUUGGGGUGUAUUAAAUGUAAGAUUGGAUCCGAAAAGUGCAUUAUUGAAUGCUUUUGUUGCAACUGUCUAUAUUAGCACUGGAACAUAUUUAAAGGAUAAACUUCUUGAUUUGUGUCA